UGUGCAACAAGGAGGCUGGGCAAUAAAAGUGAAAGUAAAAGCAGAAACCUGCUUCAAUUGCUGACACACAUACACAGAAACUUCUUUUUCCAAAGCGUCUUUAUUUCUUUCUAAAAAUGCUUCACAAAUCCAGCGACCUUCAGGAUGGAGGUUUUUGUUUUGAAAACAGUCACAGGAAUGCUGUGUUGGAAUCCAGCAUGUCUGAGUUAGGCUAUAAACCUCCCAACGCCAGGAAAACAGGAACCACCAUCGCUGGGCUUGUUUUCAAGGACGGAGUUAUUCUGGGAGCCGACACUAGGGCGACAGAUGACAUGGUUGUGGCCGACAAAAACUGCUUGAAGAUUCACUGCAUCGCUCCAAACAUCUACUGUUGUGGAGCUGGUGUUGCUGCAGAUGCUGAGAUCACCACACAGAUUAUGGCAUCCAACGUGGAACUGCACACACUCAACACUGGACGACCCCCGCUUGUUGCCAUGGUAACCCGGCAGCUGAAACAGAUGCUAUUCAGAUACCAGGGUCACAUUGGUUCAUCUCUGAUUGUUGGCGGAGUGGAUAUGACAGGAGCUCAUCUCUACAGCAUCUACCCUCAUGGCUCCUAUGACAAGCUGCCCUUCCUCACCAUGGGUUCUGGGGCUGCAGCCGCUGUCUCUAUUUUUGAGGACAGAUUCAAAGCAAACAUGGAGCUAGAGGAAGCAAAACAUCUUGUGAGAGAUGCCAUUGCUGCAGGGAUUUUCUGUGACUUGGGCUCAGGCAGCAAUGUAGACUUAUGUAUCAUCACUAAGAAUGGAGUGGAGAUGCUGCGAGGAUACGAUAGGCUUGCAGUUCGAGGCCAAAGGCUGGGGAAAUACCAAUACAAACAGGGCACCACAGUUGUUUUGACCAAAACUGUGACGCCCCUCUCUCUGGAAGUGGUUGACGAGUCUGUUCAGGUCAUGGACACCGACUGAAGCACAAUAUAAGAAUAUAAAAAUACAGUCUGUGUGCCUUAUUAUGUGUUCUAAUUAUUAGGUAGGGAAGACUGUUUAGCAUCUUUUUGUAUCAUUAUCUGUAUGUGGUAUUUUGUAAUAAUAAUAAUUUAAAAAAAUCUUGUGUGCUAGGUAAACAGAAACUUCUGAGUGCAUCAUUAGGGAAGUCUUUUAUCCGUAGGAUUACAGCUGACAGAUGACAUUAAGAAAAUGGCAAUAUUCUAAAAUGAAUAAAUAAAUAAAGUCAACUCAAAA